AUCAAUUUAAACCCGCUGUUACGAAGCCAUCUGCCUAGAAUUGGCCUCGAGCAUCAGAUUUCGCUGUUUCGAGGACUCCGUAGGAGCGGAUCCGAUGUUAGGCGCUCCACGAUGCCCUCACCACGUUCAUGACAGGUGCUUAGGGUCCAAAUGUAAGAACAGUUGAGUAGAAGAUCAUUUUCUGAUGUCCCUAUAACUACUUUCCAUCCUGCUUCCUGUGUACACCAACCUCUUGCGAGCUCUACCUACAUCGCCCCUCGACAUGAAGCUAACAACUAUCGCAAUACCCAUUGCGCUCGCAUCACAAGCAGCUGCAGCACCUACACACUAUCAGCCACCGCUCCUCAACAGCACGGUGUCAUUCCAAUCCAACAGCAGCAACUUUGAGCCUCUUCCACCCUCGUCGUGUUUCGCCAAAGUGGAAGACGCUCUCAAGGAUCUUACUAGCUCGACUUUGUCUAUACUUCUCGGUUCUUCAACAACGAUGCUUGGCUAUGCUCUCUGCGGAAUAACGAUGCCGGCAGAGUCUUGGGAGACGUGUACGGACUACGCUGUCAUUGGUGGCAGUGUGGUUGGCCUUUCACAUCUCGCAAUUUGGAAGUUCCCUGAGCUCCUUAAUGACUUCGAUCUCUAUGAUUCGACAGUGAGACCCUGGGAAGAGGCUCCAACCUUUUGGGGCGAGGACGAAGGACCGAAUGGCAAGGUGGAGGUCAUGCCUCGUAUAGAGCUUGAUCAUGCCAACUUGGGGGCAUGGCCUUGAACGCUGGCAUGCUAUCAGUGCUACAACCAAUAAUCGGAUCUUGCGUAGCUACUCGACUGCUAGUAUCAUAGAGUCAAAACUCCCUCUCGCCAUGCGUCACGCC